CUACAACUCUGAUUAAUUUGCUUGUUUUAUGGAUAAAAUCGCAGCUGGAAUAUAGCUUUUUCUCUCACAGUGUAUUUAAAAAAUGUAUAAAAGGUUUUGCUGAAAAAAAGUUACCGAACAUUAACUUGAAAGCCUGUGGAUUAUUAUCACACCUCUACAUAUCUCCAACUGGGAAUUAAAAAUACAGGAGGUAACUUAUUUUUCUAUCUGAAUUUUGUUUAUUUACCUUUUUUUGUUUAAAUCGAGGACAUAAAAAACAGCUUUUUUUCUUACCUAAGACACUCAUAUGUUUACUUUAUAGAUUUAUUUAUGAUGGCGUUUUAUUUAAAGGUUGCUAUUUCGACAGUUCUUUUCAGUGCCACGGAAACCAAGGUUAUUUAUCAAAGAGUUAUUCAAGUUCAAUUUUAUUGGCCAACAAAGCUAAGCUAAAAACUUUGCUGACUAUAAUUUUUUUUUUACAAUUUUAUUUUAAACUAUUUUAUUGUUGUAUGUGUCGAUUGAAAAUGACAAGCAUAAAAGUCACAAAUAUGACAUAUUAAGUUAGCAAGGCAUAGGAUAGUGACUUACAUCUCUUACGCACUGUUUUUAGUUUAGAAAGAAAAGGAAACGACACAACGUAAACGCAAAACAAAACAAGAUCUGCUUUCUUUUACUAGUCAUAUGUAAGAAGGCAAAGAUCAAUUUCUACAAUUUGAAAUUCACUUUGAAUUCUCAUUCUCAAUUUCAGACAAUUUAUACCUUAGUGAAUUACACUCAGUGUUACUCAGAGGUGUACAAUCUAAACUGAAUUGUGUUAAGUCAGUGAAUUAAACCACUCUGUAGUUUGGGAACAAGCUGCUCUUGGUAGCCUUUGAUGAAAUACCUUCAAAACGUAUUAGGGUUCCGUGUUUGGAUAUUCAGAGGUCGCCCUUUGACCACAGCUUGAUUGGAAUGUAAAUACUUGAUGCAGAAAACAAUGUGUACAUUAGUUAUGAAGGAUUGGCAUUCCUGUUGAGCCAGACAUUGCCUAUGGCGCUGAAGGCUGAGCUUCAUGGUAAAUUUUGAGAGACAAGGGUUAGUCCUGUCUCCGAUUUGUUUGUGGAAUGGCCCCGUAAUCAGGUGUAGACAACAUUUUACAUUCACGCUGAUUUGUGCUACAUUAUCAUUAUAUUUAUUUGAAGGGUUAUUCCAACCAAAAAAGAGUGUUUUAAUAAACACAGUUUUUGGCCAAAUUAAGCCUUAAUGCCCUGAUCCUUCCCCUCAAAUAUUAUAAAGAGAAAAAAAGAUUAUAGCAAAAAAUUACCUGUAAUCCCACACUGAGGCCAAGUUGUCCUAGGAACCGGAUCCUCCACAGGUAAUGUCACUACUCUCAUUGGAUGUCAGAAAGGAUGGGCUUAUGAGAGGACUUGGGUGACAUGGAGGGGGCGAGGCCAUAGUAAAACACUGCACAUACAGACUACAAGCACCACGACCACUUCACAUCACUGAAAUUAUCAUCAGAGUCAUUCAUUAGAGUAAGCUUUUAACUUUAUUCUUGUCCUGAUUGUUCAUUCCAACCACUGAUAAUUUCACACAGCAGUGAACAAAAAUGAGAGCGAGCGAUUAACAAAAAUCCGAAUAUUACACUUUAUAAAAAUCAAAUUGUUUUUUUUUUUUAGCCUUGUGUAUCAAUUACCAUUCUAUCAUAUAGUAUUAGAUAUCAGAACAAACGGACCUAACCUCUUGCGUGCCAGAAGGAUGAAAUCGUUUUUUUUCUUUUCUCAAAAAGUUCCACUCUACGUUUCCAUGGAAAGACAAGAGAAGGAAUUGUUUUCUCUGGAUACUCCAGAUUCCUAGCUAGUUCUUUUUAAAACCAAAAGAAAGAAUAUCAAAUUGCACAAUUCAAUGAGUGCACAAAAUGAAAGAACAAGUCAAAUGAAUGGAGUUUGUGUUGUAGGCUUGUGAAGAUAUAACUUUGAGCCAUUAAGGUUAAUGGCACAUAUACUCCUGUUUAGAGAAAGGAACACGCAGGAAAGUGACCAGGUGUGUAAGUCAUAUCUACUAGAGCACGUCUGUGCAUUCAUUUCAUGGCCAUAGCAUUCUUUAUGAUUCUUUAUUCUUUAGAUUCUAACUCUUGGAAAUAUAUGAAGACUCUAUCGGGCAAGACAACUGGCUUGGAAUUUCUGUUACUCCUAAACUAACCCGUAUCUUGUAUCUUUGUUUAGUAGACAUGAGGUGGCUGAUCGUGUUGGCUCUCACAGCCUACCUCCUCCAAGCCUGUCUAGCCUUUAAAAUUGCUUCAUUCAACAUCCAGAGGUUUGCCAUCUCUAAAGUUGACGAUCCCUUUGUUCUGGAUCUUCUGAUACGUGUAAGAAUAAUGGCUGAUACUAAAGUGAUUCUGAAGAAUGGUAGAUAACAGUUAAGUUAAUGUUAUGACAAAAAUCAUAUAAAUAUAAUGGGGAAUUCGUGUUAAGAUUUUUAAAGUAGUUUUACGUUAUAAAUUCUGCAGUCUAUAGCAGUGUGACUUUUUAGGUGCUAUCAGUACUCUUUGCAGAGCAUGCGAGAGUAGUCAUCUACUCUUGGGAUAUAGAUUUAGUUGAAAAGAUUUAUGUACCCUUUGCAUUUGGUUAUAUAUGGUUAUAAAUUGGAGAUCCUUGGAAUUUAAGCUCCCUUUAGAAGCAAAAUGAGACUUUGAAAGAGAAAGCUUCAUGCACCUGCAGUCUCACUGCUUAAUUCUAUGCCAUAUAGGAAUUAAAUUAAAUUUCUGUAGUCGUAGCCGCACCUCCCCUGGCUUUCAAUCAAAACAUUCCUACAAACUUCCUGAAACGUUAUGUCGAUUUCUGCCUAUUAAACAUUCAACAUCAGUACAUAAUUCUUCUCAUAUCUACUUUUAUAUUUGUUUUUAUAGCCUGCAAAUAUACCUGGGGUAUAGAUUCUGAAAAUGGUUAUUAAUACCAAAUAUAUAUGUGUAUUUUAUGAGAUAGUUAUAUCUUUAGAAAUAUAUAGAUAUAUGCAUAUUGUUUCCAUUUAAGUUGAUGUUUUGGAAUAAAAAAAAAAGUAUAUUUGUCUAUGCUUUUCAAAUAAUUUAGUGUUUUUAAAAAACUUUUAAAAUGAUUUAAUAUUUUAAUAUGUUUAUAUUCUUCCAUUUUGUGAUGCAUUGAUAUAUUUAUUGAAAUUAAUUAUUUUUUGAUCCUUUAAUAUUUUGAAAAAAAAUCACUUUAAAAGUUUGUCCUCGAAUACUAAACUGAAUUGGAUUUCUGACUUGUUGUCACUUUGUUUUGCGUAAAGAAAGGGGAGGGGGGGGGGUUUAGGUUAAUGCCCUCUAUUUAUUUGGAUUGCUUCUAUUUUCUGAUUGGUUAUCCUGUUUUUAUGUUAUUUCUUUGCUGUUGUGGAGUACAGUAAAAAAAAAAUUCAGUCUUCAUUAGAACAAUAUGUAUCGAAUACAAAGUUCUGUUUUGGUAUUUAUAUUUGAAGACGAUUUUGUCAUUAUUUUUGUGUUCCCCUUUCUGCUAAAGAUAUUGAGAAGAUAUGAGUUGAUCUCAGUCCAAGAAGUAAUGAAUUCAGAUAACACAGCGAUUAUCAGGCUUGUUCAGGAGCUCAACCUGUGAGUAUCUCUUCUUGGCCGUCAUGAUUCUAAAACCCAUCAAAGUUACAGUAUUACAUCUAAUGUUAGAGGAGAGCAAGAACACCGAACACAAGAAUAUUUUAUUUGAGAGUGUAACUGCCUUAAAAAACAAAACUCAUCUAUAUAUUAUGCGAGGAAACCAGUCUUUACUGAUCUGUCAUCUUCUACAGAGCCUAAAUAAGUGGCUGCAUUCAUCAUGUGUAGAAUGCAAAGUACAGGUAUAUACACAUUAAACCACUCCAACAUUUAUAGCACCCAUUUUGUAAUAGUAGUAGGAAAUAAUCUUGGGGUAAACAUUUUAUUUUUGUACAGCGUUUUGCAUUUCACAUUCACCCUGUUGAAAUAUUUGGCAUUUAAUAGGAUUUGGGCAAGUUCUAAUUACCAUAUGUCCGAAGAACGGACAUUAGGACAAUGUAAUGAUGUCACCUAUAAAUAAAUGUGUAUAUGAAAUCACCACCAAUAACCACUUCAGGUUUCUGUAACAUUAUAAUACACUAGUAUGGCUAAUACAUUCAUUAAUUGAUUGUUUACACUAUGCAGAAUGUUUGAUGUUAAACUGUUGCUUUGGGACUAUCAGGCCUAGCUUAGAACCAAGACAGAAUUCUGUUCUCUGCAAUAAAAAUAGGGAAAAAAUAAAAACUCACUAGGUAAUGUGCAUUUUCUAUUUUUACUAAAUCUGUUUUUCAUUUUUAGAGCCACUGGUUUAAAAUACAACGUGUUGAUCUCUGAUCACCUGGGGCGUAGUACUUAUCGGGAGAAAUAUGUCUAUAUAUACAGGUAGGUUGUGCAACAAUACAGUCCACUAAAUGCUCUCCGUACUCUUGUCACUGUCCACCAUACUUUGAUGUCUGCGAUGUAGACUUCCUGUGUGUAAUUAAUAUUUGCUAAGCUGCUCACCUCAGACAUUCUUUCCAUGAUAUUUUAUUCUGGGGUUUCUGUACCUCUCGAGUAGAAGGGAUCUGCUUCACCUAUUUCUUCUGAUAGCCUCUGUGGUUAAGACAAGCUAGUAAGUUUCUGUUAAUUCUUAAAGAGUGCAUGCUACACUUGGUGUUUUACAUGUUUACCACAAUUAAUAUGAUGUGUUCUUUCUCUGUGAACUUGUAUGGUGAUAUCUAGGAUUCUUCGCACCCCAAGCUAACCACCCUUGUUAGAACCAAUAAUAUUUGGUAUGUCCAAUGCUUGAUGCAGGGCCCCAUGUUGCUUAAUUUUCGAUGUGGAUUGAUCUCAUGGAGGGCUGAUGUUGAAAGUGACUGGUCAUAGGCAAAUAGAAGAAGAAUAUGUUACAUAGUUUCAUAGGCUGAAAAAUAGACUUGUGUCCAUCAAGUUUGGCCUUUCUCAAAUCUGUUUUUGCUGUUGAUCCAAAAGAAGGCAAAAAAAAAAACACCUUUCUUGACCUCAGAAUGGGAGUCAGAUUUAUUCUUGGAUCAAGAAGCUAUGUACUGUUAGUUUGCUUGCAUCUUACAACGUUGUUGUCUACCUACAAAAUCAGGUAGAUCAUGCACAAUAAUACUUCAGAAAUCUAAUUCCUUUACAAAGAGGAAAUGUGGUUGAAAACUCCACGAUGACCAGUUCCUUUGGUGAGGGAUAUACAUUAUUGUUGUGCAAAUAUGAUAAUACAGCAUCCAUCAGACUUUAUCUUGAAAUUGGCAUUGAGAGACAUUAACACCUGGUUCACGCAGAGCCCUGGAGUUUAAUAGAUUUGUGAGAGCACCAGAGCACUACGAGACAGCUUGCAUCAGCUGUUUGAAAGCCAAGCACCAGAUGGAGAGGCUUUGAUGAAGUUGCUAAAUUCUUCCCCGUUAUUUUUCUCGGCAGAGAAGAUAUCCUAAAGCCAACAGAGUGGUAUCAUUAUGAUGAUGACUGUGAAGUCUGUGGCACGGACACAUUCAUGAGGGAGCCAUUUGUGGUUCGUUUUUCUUCUUUGACUACAGGUAAAGCAAUAAAUAUUGUCAUCAGUGAGAACAUUGUGAAAGGAUUAUGGACUAUGGGGAUUCUGGCGGAGGUGAAAUGGUUAUAUUAGAAGCAGACUUGGGUUAAGGGCAAGUAAAAGUCAGGAAACAACUAAAUCUGGUUUAUAUGUGCUAAGCCUCUGUUUUCCAGAACCUGCAUUUCCGUUUGAUGACAUGUUUACAGUGCUCAACAGACAUGAACCCAUAAGUGUAGUAAUGAUAGGGUGUGGACAGAAUAAUUCACUCAAAGACGAUGAUAGGGAAAAAAAGUCAUGCAUAUAUGCCAGGUGACAGGCAGUGGCACUGACAAGCCUCGUGGUACUCCAUGGAACAAAUUCAGAGCCCUUGCAUCACCCUUGCAUCACGAGCACACUCUUAGAGGGACAAUGGGAGCCCCAAGUAAUUUCUGGCUUCCAUUGGUCCACGUCAUUCCAGUGUCCCCACACACGCAUGUUUUGGGGGUGCAGGCAUGAUGUGGACCAAUCAAAUGUUACUUAAAGAUAUUUAAACUUUCCUAACACUGUACACUGUGCCCUCUUGUGGUUUCUGUCCCUGUAUCCUUUAGUGCAUUCCUUGAUCUAUUGCAUUAUAUUCUGGUAUUGACCUUGGCUUUGUUUCUUAGCCUUCGUUUAUCUGACUGAUUACCGUGUACCUGACUCUGGCUAGUUCUCGUUUUCGCUGUCUCUCUGUUACCCUGACCUCGGCUCGUUACUGACUACGCUGUUAUCUCUGCCUAUGUUAAGUCCGGCCAUUCUAGGCCCAGUACUAUGCUACUUCCUUCUUUUGUUCUUUUCUGCCCUAAACUCUGCGUGUUGGGGUGACAUCAUGUAUUUUUUAUAUACUUACAGUUGCACAUUUAUAAUUCCCAAAUAAAUACUUUUACUAUGUCAUUGAAUGUUCACACUGCGUUUCUAGUUGUCAUGCUAAUGCCCAAGAUAUUUAUAACAGCUUUCAUUGUGUACGAGUGUGAAGAUAAGUAAGCAGCGUAAAUGUGACACUGUCAUGGGCUAACUAAAUAGAUUUCAUAUAUCCAGCUGUACUCCAUUCACAUAUCAUAAAGAACAUUUGAAAAACUGCAUAAAAAACAGAAAUUAUAAAGCCUAUAAUGGGGGAUGCAAGACAUGCAAAUAAGCUAAAAUUACACUGGCACUUUUUAGACAUUAAUUCGUACUAUUUGAAUAGAUUCAUAGGUUCUUACUCUUUCUGGGAUUUUAAUGGAAUUAGUAUGGCUUGCUGGUCAAAGGAGAAACCUGUAUGCCAUUUUAGAGUCGGGAACAGAUUUCUUUCCCAUUUUGUUACCUUCAAAAUAAAUUAAAAAUAUAUUUUUUCUGCCUUUUUUGGAGGAACACCAGAAUAAGAGUUGUGUGAAAGGUUGAACUUGAUUGAAUUGAGUCUUUAUUUGAACUUUCAUUACUAUGUAAAUGUGUAACUGCCUCCAGACUGUUUGGCCUUCUGAGGCUCGUCAGUGCUAACCUGGUCUGACUAUAUUACAAUAAGUAGAGAGAAUGUGUGCAGUCACAAUCUCUCAGCUAUCUUCUUUGGGAUAUUGCUGUUAAAGUAGUCACCACAAGGUGGCGCUUAAACACAAGACUCCAGGCACAUCUGUGUUGCAUUAUCAUUUUAAUGUAUUUGUUUAUUUAAAUGUGCUGUACCUCUGAUUAUUCAUACCACAGAGCAAAUGUAGGUUACCAGCAGCUUAAUAAUAUUUAAUGACAAUAAUAAAUUGUAACAUACGGACAGCUAUUUGAAAUUGUCAAAGGUUAAACUUUGAUUUAAAAAAAAAACCAAAGCAUGAAUCUUUCUAAAUAUGGAUGUGUCUAUACGUAGUUUUCUCUCAUACAUUCGAUGGUUCCAGCAAUAAGGUUGGAACAGCCGGGUUUAGGACUAGUGUCCCAUCCUUCUGGACCCUAUAACUGGGAAGGAAGGGUAGAGUAGCCAGACCCUUGAUUCAGAGGAGACUGGUCAAUGAUACUUUUAGCUUUUUCAAGUACAUCUUGGGUCCACAAUGUUAUAGAAGAAGAAAACAAGAAAAGUUUAAACGUGUGCAUAUCUACUAAGACAUGACAGCCAAUAAGAAAGAAGACUAUCCGUCUACUAGUGUUUGCACAAAGGUUAGCCAUCUAAGUUUCUGAUACCCUAGUUCCCAUACUCUGACAUUUACCCAGUGGCCACUUUAUUACGUACACUGUGCUUAUAAUUAUUUCAGAUGACUUAAAGGUAGGCAGACAAUGUAAGCAGGAAGGAAAUGCUAGCAGAAUGCUUGGUUGUAUAGGGAGAGGUAUUAGCAGUAGAAAGAGGGAAGUGCUCAUGCCAUUGUAAAGAACACUGGUGAGACCUCACUUGGAGUAUUGUACGCAGUACUGGAGUCCGUAUCUUCAGAAGGAUAUUGAUGCUUCAGAGAGAGUUCAGAGAAGGGCAACUAAACUUGUUCAAGGAUUGCAGGAUAAAACUUGCCAUGAAAGGUUAAAGGAACUUAACAUGUAUAGCUUGGAGGAAAGACGAGACGGGGGGAUAUGAUAGAAACAUUUAAAUAUAUAAAGGGAAUCAAGACAGUAAAAGAGGAGACUAUAUUUAAAAGAAGAAAAACUACCACAAAAAUAAUAUCAGGAAGUAUUACUUUACUGAGACGGUAGUGGAUGCAUGGAAUAGCCUUCCAGCUGAAGUGGUAGAGGUUAACACAGUGAGGGAGUUUAAGCAUGUGUAGGAUAGGCAUAAGGCUAUCCUAGACUUAAGAUAAGGCCAGGAACUAAUGAGAGUAUUUAGAAAAUUGGGCAGAUUAGAUGGGUCAAACUGUUCUUAUCUGCUGUCACAUUCUAUGUUUCUAUGUUUCUAUACUACAUCGUUUGUCCUCAGAACAGUCUGAAUUAUUUCUGGCAUGGAUUCAACAAGUGCUGAAAACAUUUCAUAGAGAUUCUGGCCUAUAUAGACAACAUAGCAUCACUCAUUUACUACAGAUUGGUCAGCUCCACAUUUGUGAUGCAAAUUGAUCAAUAUGGUUACUGUGGAGGACAUCGGAGUCAAUGGAACUUAUUGUCAUGUUCAUGGAAGCAGCUUGAGAUGAUGCAUGCUUUGUUAUAUGAUACAGUAUUCUCCUAAAAGUAGCCAUUAGAAGAUGCGUAUGCAGUUGCCUUAAAAAGAUGCACAUGGUCAACAGCCAGGGAUGUAUCUUACACGAGGCAAACAAGGCAUUUGCCUUGGGCGGCACUUUGCAGGGGGGCAAAAAAAGCAGCCCCCAAACGCCCAGGCAGAUCUCUUGCUUGCCUUGUGUCCUGGGGGGCUCAAGAGUUGGCUGGCCACUUUUGAGCCCACCCCGAGGCGAGCGGCGGGCAGCGAGGGAGCAUGCUGACCUGACAUGCGCGCCGCUUAAUGAAGCCGGGAGCCGGAAUAUGACGUCAGACCGGCUCCCGGCAUCACUAAGUGGCACGCGAGGGAGCUGAGCAGGAAAAACAGAGCUCCCUCGCCACCUACUCAGCCUGUCCGCCCCCUGUCUGCCCGACCAGCAGUCCCACUGGACCGCAGGUAAGCAACCCACUCCAGCUCUCCCAGGGAGGCUGGGUGGAUUUAAAUAAAAAUAAUAAUUUGUGAGUGUUGGGGGAAAUGUGUGUGUGUGUGAGUGUGUGUGCGUGAAUGUGUGUGUGUGUGUGUGUGUCUGUGAGUAAAUAAAUGUGUGUGUGUGUGUGUGUUUGUGUGUGUGUCUGUGAGUGAAUGUGUGUGUGUAUCUGUGAGUUAAUGAGUGUGUGUAUGUGUGUGUGUCUGUAAGUGUGUGUGUCUAAGUGAAUGUGUAUGUGUGUGUGUCUGUAAGUGUGUGUGUCUAAGUGAAUGUGUGUGUACGUAAGUGUGUGUGUCUAAGUGAAUGUGUGUGUGUGUCUGUGAGUGAAUGUGUGUGUGUGUCAGUCAGUGAGUGUGUAUGUGUCGGUCAGUGAGUUUGUACGUCUGUCAGUGAGAGUGUGUGUCUGUCAGUGAGUCUGUCAGUGUUUGUCUGAGUAAUAGUGUGUGUCUAUCUAUCAGUGUGUCAAAUCAGUGAGUGUAUGUAUGUCAUUGUUUGUCAGUGUAUAUGAGAGUGUGUCUGUCAAUGAGUGUAUGCAUCUGUGCGUCUGUCAGUGAGUGUGCGUCUGUCAGUCAAAGUGCGGCCUUGACUGGAAGAGGUCGGGAAAAUGUAAAAUAGGAGAGGGCGGGGCGUGCCCGAGUACCGUCCUGCCUAGGGCAGCACAAACCCUAAAUACACCACUGAGUGUGCGUCCGAGUAAAAGUGUGUGUCUGUCUAUCAGUGUGUCAAAUCAGUGAGUGUUUGUGUAUGUCAUUGUUUGUCAGCGUAUAUGAGAGUAUGUGUCUGUCAAUGAGUGUAUGCAUCUAUCAGUGAGUGUGUGCGUCUGUCAGUGAGUGUGCGUCUGUCAUUGUUUGUCAGUGUAUAUGAGAGUGUGUCUGUCAAUGAGUGUAUGCAUCUAUCAGUGAGUGUGUGCGUCUGUCAGUGAGUGAGCAUCUGUUAGUCAAAGUGCGGCCUUGACUGGAAGGGGUGGGGAAAAUUUAAAUUGGGGGGGAGGAAGCACUGGGCCGCGCGAGCACUGUCCUGCCUAGGGCAGCACAAAUCCUAAAUACACCACUGUCAGCAGCCAUUUUCUUUUAACCUAUAGAAUUUAAACCAGGGGUUCCCAAUUAAGUUUUCCUGUGGAACCACUUGACAUAGUGUGGAACUGCCCCCAUCACCCCUGUUUUUUGUAUGUGCCGGUGUGUGUCUGUGUGUCAAGGUGUGUGUAUCUGUGUUUGUAUGUGCCAGUGUGUGUAUCUGUGUGUCAAUGUGUAUCUGUGUGUGUGUGUGUGUAUGUAUCUGACACACAGAUACACACACAUUGGCACGUAGUGGCACACAGAUACACAUACACACAGUGUCAUACACACACACUGACACACACUCAGGUACACACACACUGACAUACACACACAUAGGCACAUACAAACACACUGAUAUACAUUGGCACACACACACACACACACACACACACACACUCUCAGAUACACACAGUGACACAUACACAAACCUUGACACACAGAUACACACACUGACACACACUCAGACACACAUACUCUUUGACAGACACAAUACAAACACAUAUACACUCUCACUGAUAAGCACACAUACAUUCUCACUGACAAACACAUACACACUCACACACUCACUGACAAGCACACAUACACUCUCACUGACAAACACACCUACACACACACACUCACUGACAAACACACAUACACUUUCGGUGACAAACACACAUACACUCUCAGUGACAAACACACAUACAAAUUCCUUAACAGACACACACAAUUUAUUUAUUUUUUAAAAAUUUCACUCCACCCAGCCUCCCUACCUUUGGGAGUGCUGGCAUGGAGUCUCUAUUUUCCUGGGGUCCAGCAGGUGGCAUGCAGUCCCUGGGGUCCAGUGGGGCUGCUGGACUGAGCGGCUGGCGUGCAGUCCCUGAGGUCCAAUGGGGCUGCUGGGCUCUUAGUGAUGCUGAAACCCGAGUGACAUCAUACUCCGGCUUCGGCAUCACUCCCAUGCUCAGCUCCUUGCCGUCCGCCUCAAUUAUCGCAGAGCCCAUUUUGUAAUUUUGGCGGAACUACAUUUGUGUUCUUGCGGAACCCCAGGGUUCCACAGAACACCAAUUGGGAAAUGCUGAUUUAAACAGUUGGGCAACUAAACAUUGCCAUAGUGCUUGUCGACUUUUACUGGAAGCAGUCAGACCUUUCCACCUACUCUGAGAGGCUUUCCAGGGCAGAUUAGACGUUCAAAAGGAGAUCAGCCCGUCUCUUAGUCAACACAGGUACCCAUUUCUUAAGCAACAACGUAUCUGAUAUGUUUCACCAAAUGCAGCAGUCUUUGCCAAGCCUGUUGUUCCCUUUUAUUGUAAUUUUCUCUCCUGAGUCUCAUAUUAAAUUAGCAAUUUUGCCAACAGAACUAUUGCUAACUGGAUGUUUUUUGUGUUUUAAACCAUUAUGUGUAAAUUCUAGAGGCUAUUGCGAUUAAUAUCCCAAGAUAUAAACAGUUUCUGAGAUAGUCAAUCCACCAGAUCCGGCACCAAUAGUAAUUGCAUGGUUGAAGUCCCUUCCCCAUUUUGAUGCUAGGUUUGACCAAUAACUGUACUUCUUGAUCAUGUCUACAUGUUUUUAUGUAUUAAGUUGAUGCCACUUGCUUGGCUGAGAACAUAUUUGCAUUAACAAGCAGGUAUACAGGUGGACCUAGUAAGUGGCUACUGAGUGUAUUGUAGGUGCAUUAAACAUGUGCAAUUAGUUUCUUUCCGAAUGUAAGUUUGGACGGAUUUCGGCAAUUCGGACAUUCUCAUGCUUCCGAAUGUCCGAAUUGCCGAAUUUCCGAAGUACUGAACCAAACCGAAUUGCCGAAUUUCAGAAGUGCUAAACUGAACCGAAUUGGCGAAGUGCUGAAUUGGGAUAAGGGGUUGGGUUAGUUGUAGGGUUGGGGGUAGGGUUAGGGUUGGGGUUGGGGGUAGAGUUAGGGUUAGUGGUAGGGUUAGGGUUUAGGGAUAGGGAAUUGCCAAAAUCCCAAAGUCCCGAAAUGCAGAAUUCCCGAAGUCCUGAAUUGCCAAAUUCCCAAAUUGCCGUCGUCCCGAAUUUUGGAAGUGCCGAAUUGCCGUCGUCCCGAAUUGCCAUCGUCCCGAAUUUUGGAAGUGCCAAACCGAAUUAUUUGACCAUGCACAUCCCUAAUGUGCAUGUGAUAGUCAUAAAAGAUUUGUAAGCCAUAAAUAAUUAUUUGUAAUACAUCAUUUAUUUGAUUCAUAAUAAAGUGGCUCCGAGUAUAUAGUAACUUUUGCAUUUCUUUAUUUAUAUCUGUUAUUAGAGUUUUGAAGUGCUUCUAGACAAGCCAUACUUUUUGUAUAACACUAUGCUAGACAGGCAAAUCAGUCACUUGAAUUGGUCUUUGCUUACUGUGAGAUUUUCAAGGACUUGCACUUCUUUCUGGAACAUUUUAAAUGAAUAUUCACGAGGUUAUUCACCUUGAGGGUCACGCAGAAAAAAAUAAUAAUCAAAUUUGCAGUUGAAAAUACACAGACUGAAAAAAUAAAAAAAAAUAAAAGAGACGACGGGCUAAAUGAACAGCUAUCAGAUAAACUAUAAGAUGCCGUAAACAUAAAUUUAAAUAAUAGUUUUCGGUCUAUAAUCAGAAUGGGGACAGUCAGUAUAUACAGACAGCACAGCGUUAUCAAUUAUACGCUGAUUGCCUAUGAGAUGAGUUGGGGGUCCAUAGUACCGACAAAUAAAAAUAAUUUAAUGAUGGUUGCUGUAAAGGGGUACACUAUAUACCACACCUUAUAGUACAUCAGUGAGGCAUUGAAUAACCUAGUCUGAUGAAGGUCUGUUGGCUGAAACGUCAUUCAUUUUUAGUUUCUCUAUGUGAAAAGAAUUAGCAGGCUAAUAAAAGGCCCCUUUGUUCACUGUUGGUCAAGCAUGGGUUCCGGGGACCCGUGCUAAACCAGUAGAUGACUGUGAUCAUGUCAAUAUCCCCCACCGAGCAAUUGCGAGCAAGCGUGGGUAUGGACUACCUAAAAACCUCACUCGGUUGCUAUUCGGUUGACCUGUUUUUAAAUGAAUCUCACUGCAGUAAUGAGAUCCACUUAAAAAUAGUAAGGAUUCAUUUAGCUUAAUUCCAGUUUAUCAUACAUCUGUGAAUAGAUCCCCGUUGUCAACUUAACACAACUCCCUGGUAAGUUGAUAGAUCCCUGGGUUGUCAUUGUAUGCCAGAUAUAAAAUUAAACCAUAGACAAAAAUUACCGGCGCUCUUCCCAAAUCCCUACGCAUGUUUAAACAAAUGGAGGUUAUUUAGUUUCUCCAAUGGCCAUGAGAGACUUUAGCCCACUUGCCACGACAAGGCAAACCUCUCAGGUGGGUCCCACGCUAACCUUUCACCUUGUGUCCUUGAGCUUCUGGCAAAGAUAUCUCUAAUGAGACAGAAAGGGGUAUUUUUUAUAUAAACUCCUACAUGCUUAUUAUAUGAACCCCUAAUAAGGAACACAUGGGAUGGGCGGCAGCAUUGUAACAUAGCUGUGUGAUACAAAAGUUUUUUGUAUUUAUAAAAACAAACCAUGUUUACCUAUUUGCUGGAUUUUAAAAAUCUGUCAUGGCUAACCUAUGCAAUCCAGAUGUUGCUAAACUACAUUUCCCAUGAUGCACAGCCAAACUUAAGAUCUUGAUCCUAUUCUUUUGAUUUCUCCUGUAGAGUUGAAAGACUUUGUCUUAGCUACAAUUCACACAAGCCCAGAUUACGCCGUGCUGGAGGUAGAUGCUCUGUACGAUGUGUGGGAAGACGCCAAGCAACGCCUGCUUACAGAGGUUCCUAAUUUAUUCCUGAAUUCCUGAUAUAAUUUUAUUUAUAGACUCGUACAUUCCUCAAUCCCCACAUUGCAACUGCAUGGGGUAUGAAUGACAGUUACACGCAGACUAUGGAAUUUAAAAGCAGGGGGUCACAGCAUAAUUAAAGUAAUAAAUAACCCACGGUGUAAUUCAGGGAAAUAUCAUGACUUUUCCGAGGCAGGGGAGGCAUGAGAAUGGUGGAUAUAGCAGGAGGAACUGAUGGAUUCUAAACAUAUCUUUGAAGAUUCUACCGUGUAAUAAAUUCCAAUGUGUUCUCAGCCGUGGUAGUGAUGAGGCCCAAAGCAGAAGCUCGUUUUGAAAUAUCCAGCAUAUAACUUUCUCCUUGUGUAACUGAUGUCAUUCAUGUCUAUGGUACUGAGGAGAAACAGCUGACCAUUUGGCCAGAUGGUGGAACUUCAUGAUAUCUGUUGGGAUUGUCUAGGACAAAUCAGGACUGUUGAAGUAAUUCAGCGUGCUUUUAAUCUGCAAAUGCAACAAUUUUUUUUAUUCAUGAACAGUUUAUCAGGAUAGGCAACCUCAGGAUAUACAAUUGGUAGUAUACUUAAAGGGACACUGUAGGCACUCAUUAAAUUGGUUAUAGUGCCUGGAGUCCCCUGGUGCUGUGUCAGCAAUCAUUUUCGGGCAGUAACACCAAAUAAGUAUCACUAAUCACCUACAGCCUGGCCUCUCAUGGAGGUGCGGCUAACAGAGAGAUUACACACUUCCUUCUAGCCAUACAAUUUUAUACCAGCACAGGAUGCUAUUGUAGCGGAUGGCAUUGGGCUGUCCUCAAAAUUACGUGUGUUAAUAUGCUUUCGGUUAAAUUUGCCAUAUGUAUGUAUCUAGUAUGCAGCAUUCGUCUGAUUGUUCGGUAAAAUCACUCCAGUUAUCAUAUGGGUGAAACUACCGAACAAUCAGACCACACCAAAAAUAAGUGUGCCUUCAAUUACCGUUUGCAACAAUAUUGCAAACUGGUAAUUGGCAAUCACUGCAGUGUGUGCUUUGUCCUCUGGGUGGCCGCCGUUCUGUAGACAAACAUGUGGCGGCGGCCAUCUUAAACUCCUGAACAGCGGUGUUUUGCUGUCGAGUGUCUGGAACCCAAAUUGGACACUCGGCUAGGCAAACACCGCUGAGACCUCCACACUGCCACCAAUUCGUGUAGAAACUACCGAACGGCUCACCGUUUGGUAGAAAGAACCCCACGAACAAGGGGGUUUAUCCGAAUCCUCACCAGUCUCCAUAACUCAAGCCGUUCGUGUAUUUUAUUCCCUUUUUCUCUGACCGACCGCGGGGACAAAACUUAUGGAACCAAUUUUGGCUGUUACCUCCAGUGCGGUCGGUCUUUUUACAACCUCCAUGAAUUUCCCGAACCCCUGGUCCGAUCUGGGUGAUUUUUGAAUAUGUCACUCACCCAGAUCAGGGCUACCAGGGGAUGUAACAUUUAGAGGUGUACCCCUAUGUUUAGGGGUAUAUCCAGAAAACAAGGGGAACUGUGUCCUGCACAAUGGGAUUAUGAGUCAUACUAAUGGGAGGGGAUGUGUGGGUGGCAACUCAUGUAUGAUUGAUGUACUGUAUAAUUAAUGUGAAUCCUUCCCUUGCAUGGGAGAAAGCUUUAAAAGAAGGUUGAGUGAUUAAAAGUUGAGUUCUUGUCCUGAUGCUGUGUGUCGUCCAGUCAUUGGGAUCUGUAUUGGGAUAUUCGUGGAUUACCUUGCUGUGACUAUUGUUCUAUGGGAUUUUAUUACUUGUUCCUGAGCCUCACUGGGAUCUUUAGUGGAGUUAACCUGGGAAAGACCAGCUCUCCACUACAGCUAUAAUAGGCUGAAAGCAGUCAGCUGAUACUCUCAGCCAAUUACAACCACCCAUUGCUGCUCAGGGUAAAGUUGUGUUAUUAGUCUGACCAGCAUAGAGGGGAUGGGAUGGCCAUUCUGGUUUAAUGAAUAGCCCUGUUAGAAUUGCAAUAUCCAGUUAUUGAUAGGAAUAAUUCACCGUUAUCUUGAUAUCCUGUCCGUGUAUUCCAGAAUGGAAGUAAACAAAAAGCAUUUAUGAUGAUUUCUACAUUUCCUCUUGAACACAGGAUAUUAUGAUUUUGGGAGACUACAACUCAGACUGCAGUUAUGUGAAAGCCAGCCAUUGGCCCACGAUCCGCCUUCGUCAGGACGAGAGCCUCAAGUGGCUGAUUGGUGAAGGGGCUGACACCACCGUCAGCCCCAACAAUAACUGUGCCUAUGACAGGUGAGCAGUGGUUAAUGCUUAAUGUGUGUGGGGGGACAUAACAUUAAAAAUGACUACACAGAUCAUGAAACACCACAAUAUAUAUGGCUUCCUGCUGAUGGGCAGCACAUGAACAUUGAUCCCCUGUAGUAAAUAGAAUGCUUAUACUGCAGGAAUAAAAUCAAUUAAACAAUCAAGAAAUUUCAUUAAUCCUUGAUUUUCAUCACACAGCUUACUGAUUCUAUCUACAUACACAUUUUGUACUAUAAAACAACACAAUAAAGUGAUUACAAAUAUAUUCGGGGCCAAUACAAACCAUUGUGUGGAAAUCUAUUCACAAACCAGACUUUACAUAGGACACGAGGUCAUGCGUUUAGACUGGAAGAAAGAAGAUUUCGUCUAAGGCAACGGAAAGGUUUUUUACUGUAAGAACAAUAAGGAUGUGGAAUUCUCUGCCUGAAGAAGUGGUUUUAUCAGAGUCUGUACAGAUGUUCAAACAGCUACUAGAUGCAUACUUGCAAGAACAGAAUAUUCAAGGAUAUAAACUUUCAAUGUAGGGUAAUAACUGCUUGAUCCAAGGAUAAAUCUGACUGCCAUUCUGGGGUCAAGAAGGAAUUUCCUUCCUAGCUUGUUGCAAAAUUGGAAGUGCUUCAAACUGGGUUUUUUUUUCCUUCUUUUGGAUCAACAGCAAAAAAACAAAUGUGAGGAAGGCUGAACUUGAUGGACACAAGUCUCUUUUCAGCUAUGUAACUAUGUAACUAUGUAAUAUAUGCCCAGGUAAACGUUGCAAAUCUAGACAUCCCGUCUGUGAAGGAACUUGUUAGUAGAUCUGGAGAUUUGUUUCAGACUGAAUUGCAAUACUGACAAAUUUAAGCCAACGAUCAAGUGAGAAAUAGAGAGACAAACAUAAGGACCAGGAAAAAAAAUAAAUCUAUAUUUAUAUACAGUAUUAUAUACUUAAUAAAUAUAUAAUAUAUACAUAUCAAUGUUUUUUACUUGUCCUCCUGUUUUCCUUCUAUUGGUUACUUUUCUCACUUGAUCGGUGUACCAAAUGGUGGGAGAAUCCCCCUCUCAGUGUACUGCAAAGUAUAAACAUAUUAUUAUAGUAUGUAUAUGUUUUGAAGCACACUGACUGGCCAUUUCUGUGUCUUUUUGGCUUGUUCUCCUGAUUCAGUUUUCGAAUCAUAAUUCGGCAGAGCCAAACCAACAUCUGGGGAAACUCGGGUGUCCUGCAAAUUUUUCUAUCUUAGGAAAAAUAAUUCGGGAGAACAUAAAUUUCCUGCCAUGUAGAAGUCUGCUUGUUAGAGGUAAUGGCAACUGCCAAUCAUGAAUUUAUUUAUACUCACAGCUUUCUGCUCAGGAGCUGAUCACGCCAUUUAAAAAAUCCAUUAAAAUAACUUUCGGUAAGACGGUGUAAUAGCUAUCAGCUUGGGUAGCAGUUCCAUUUACAUUUUCCCUGAACUAAAUAUCCCAUAAACCUUUUCUGAACAGGAGUUUAUGGGAAAUAGUCCCCUCCCACUGAAGAAAUGCUAAUGGUAGUUUGAACUGAGCUCAGUCUAGGGAUUUUCACCAAACACAUUAACUUCAGAAAUGAGUACUUUUUUAAUUUGUAAAAAAGAAUUUUGUAAUUUUUUUCAGUUUUAGUAAGUCAUCUAUAUAAUGGUUUAUCUAAAAAUGGAGUUAUACUCUACCGGAAGGUAGGCAACCUUCGGCACUCCAAAUGUUGUGGUCUACAUCCCUCAUAAUGCUCUUACAGCCGAAAUACAUAGGAGGUGUAGUCCAAAACAUUUGGAGUGCUGAAGGUUGCCUAUGUCUGCGUCUAGCCUGAGGUGUGCCUUUAACAGUUUUUAUGAAAACCAAAUGAUGCAUUCUGGAGAAAAUGUGUCGCUAUAGAACUGAUGCUGCCUUCAAGAUCCGUAACAUGUGCUGUGUUAUCUCACCUUUGUUAGGUUUGUGGUCAGUGGUUUGAGAAUGCAGAGGGCAGUGAUACCUGGUACAGCCAAGCCUCUGAACUUUGAAGUGGAAUAUGGGCUGACCAAUGAUGAGGUGAGGAUAGAGAUUGUGUACAACUGUGUUUGGUUUACAUAAUUUACCAUUAAAUGUGGUUUUCAAUCAUGGGUGUGCGCAAGGGAUGUACCUGGUGUGUGUAGGCACGUCCUAAUCAAGGGCUGUUCACAAUUUAAGUUCCUUUCUGCCAUUUUGUGUAAAUUUGUGGUAACUCACUACCUAGUGAGUUAAAGCUUGUAGUAAAGUAUAAUUUAUUUUGUGCAUGCUUUUGUUUCAAUCGUCCAAUCUUUAAUAGUAAAUAGGUUUAUAAGUCAAAGUUCAAAGAAGAAUAGGUGACUCUGUACAAAGUCUUACAUUCUACCUGUAAAGCAUUUAAUACUUUUGAUGGACACACCUAGCAACAUAUCCACUUUUCUGGUUUAAUGUCAUGCUGUUUUAGAACAGUUUUCCAGUCCCCAGAGACCACCCUAUCUUUUGCUACAUUGCUAAAUGGGAAUUAACAUCUCCUCAUUAUCAAAGAUCAAAGUCAGUUGAUAACCUUGACCGCUGUGACUGGACAAUUAGCCUAGGCCAAGCCAGGCUAACCAUGUGGGUAGGUGUGUCUGUUGGGGGGGGGGCAGGCCAUUCAACUCAGCCAAUCGAAUGUUCAGGUUGGACAACAUUGACAUCGUUAAUGCAAAAAUGUUAAUUCUGCUUUAUUAAUGCGGCUGAACUGGGAUCAGUUUCUGAGUACCUGGAAGAGACCUGAUUUAUAUCAAACUGUUCCUAAAUAAUGUGACAUUAAACCAGGGGAAGGCUUUAGGGCAUUCUUGGCAUCAUAGUGAGUUAAAGAGGUAGCAAUGGACAUUAUGAGAAAGGGAAACAAAUGUGUGAAAGAUAAAAUGAUUUUCAGCAUGUACAUGUAGGGUUUAAUGAUAUUGAUCAUAGGUUUCCACCUCAAUCUAUCAUUUGAUAAUUAUCUAACGACCAACGAUGAGAAGGGUUUAUAAUCACACCUUUCUAACGUUCUUCAACAACGUUUCUGGUAUUUUCAGUUCAGCAGAAAAGAACCCUAUAUCUUACGUUAAAACAAUUUUUUUUUUAGAAAUUAGUACUAUAAUAAUAUUAUAUUAUAAUUCAGCAAAAGUUGAUAACACAACCAAUAUAAACAUCUUCUAUAGCCAAAAUGUUUGUUUUGAACAUGCUUAAAGAAUCACACAGAUAAUAAUGCUGAUUUACAACGCAACAGAAUAAUACCACAUAUCACACACAAUCACUUCACUACUUCACAGCGGUUUUUAUGGAUGUAGUGGUGGGUUAUUAUGCCUGCUGUUGAAAAUAUUCAACCUGUGAUGUAGUUGCCGAGCUUGCCAAACCUCCAUUUUGUUUGUCAUCAACCUCACAAUUCCAGCAAAUCGUUCUCAAGAUUGUGUGAUAUUAAAAGCUAAACCAGUUUUAUGUUCCCUGAUUUCUAACUUAGUUGGCAUCCAGUCAGAGAACUAAUAAGAUAUUUUGGACUAUAAUCAUGCUGAAAAUCAACCACAACUCUGACUAAAGUUCAUAAACUGCUUAUAAAAGAAAACAAGGUGCGACUGUGACUAAGGCCUUAAUUAAGUACAUGCUCCAAAAACGUCAAUUCAAAGUUACAUUGGUUAAAAUAUAACUUUGCCAUUUAAAAAAAUAAAUACAUAUUUGUAAGGAUUGCUACUUCAGUUAGAGAGGAUACUUCAGGGAUAGAACUUAAAUUAAUCUCUUUUUCAUCUCAGGCUAAAGCAGUGUCCGAUCACUACCCAAUUGAGGUGGAACUGUAUGAAGAUGGUGAGUAUGGGGUGAUCUUAGUUCCAGAUGUGUUGGGUAGAGACUGGAUGAGAUUUAUUGUGUAAUGCCUACGCCGUGAAAGCUAUAAUUAAAUCGAACCUGGUGGUUUCCAAAAGUUGACUUACUGAGGGACGUGCCCAUUGGUAUACAUGUCCCAACCUUGUGUUAAACUGGCAGGUCCUGGCAACGUCAGUUGCCAGAGAAAGGAGAAGGGAGGAUUGGAGGUGAUCUUGGGACACUCACUAGACGAAACAACGUUUGCUGAGACAGGAGACUGCCAAAUAAAUCCUAGACUAUCUCAACAUAUAUUGCACUGCCUUAGUCCAAAAAAUAAUAAUAAGCAAUUUACAAAGACAUUCAAUCUUACAGUUCCACUCUAAAUUAACACAAGAUACUAAAUUAAAACAUUUAUGAAAGUAGAAGGGUCUACCAUCUGCAUUUUCUGUUGUUGAAAUCUUCUGAAAUGUAUAUGAUAAAUUGAUAAUAUAAGCAAAAUAAAACUUUGCACUAAUUGGUAUUUUUUUUAGCAGAUGGGUAAAUAUCUGUACCCAUCUGCACUCAUCUCAGCUGUGACCACUUGGACGUGGCAAAAGAAUAAGUUGAUAGUCUUCAAAAAAUUUUUAACAAAAUGGGGGAAGUCACUUGAUUUAAACAGAUUUUACAGUGUUGUGAUUGUUGUGGCAGAUGUGGUGGUUCCAUGAUGUCUGAAACAACUGGCUUCCUGUGUGUUUUCAUGCACUAAGUCUCCUGAAGUUUAAAGAGAAUUAAAAGGCAUGCAUUGCAUGGACAUUCUGUGGGUGAAAUCGACUUGUUGUUGAGAGAGGGCAGAGGUUAAUAACCAGACACCCAAACACAAAUACCCAAAUAAACAUAAUUUAUAACAAUGGUCGGUAGAAAUGGCUUCUCUGAAUAUACAACCUGUUGAGUCUUGUCUGAUUUGGGUGACAGCAGCCAAAGAUCCAUUUUGGUUCAAGCAGGAACACUAUUAUUAUAGAUAGAAUUAGAAGACACAAAGUAGAGACACAAACGACGAGAGUUUAAAGAACACUGGAGUAGUACACAAAGAACACAAAUAGUAGGGCGCUCGUCAAUCGGCAUUCUCAGAAUUACAGGUCAUUUUUAUAUGGCUUCUGUCCAUGAAAUGAUUCAAAAAUUUUAAAGAUGGCGAGGAAAAGGAAGAGUAAGGAGUAGAGACCUUAAAAAGAAAGGCAAAAACAUAAUGGUAAGAACAGAGAUGUCCUGAAGCAGACAUCUUACCGGGUGGUCUAAGGCAAUCCUAAGAUGUCUGCUUCAGGACAUCUCGUCUCCAUCCGUCAUACAGACCUUCUCAAUUAUCUUAAAAUCCUUGUUGCAUCAUAUAAUGAUGGUGCUUGGGAUGGAUACUGCAAUAUUUUUAUAUUAACAUCUUUUUGGGUCCACUUUCACUUUCAGACAACUUUGUAGUUUUAGUUAUAAGUGAUGAUAUACUUUCAGUUUUUAGUUUAAGGAGUUAAAUGUGUCUUAAAUUACAUAUAAGAUAGGGUUACAUUUCCUGCUGCUGUCUCAUUUAUUGAUAAUGUCAACGAAUGUAGCCAUAAUCACGAUGUAAAUGAGCUGUGUGUGCUGUUCUUCUUACAGUGUUUUACAGUGGUCGAUAUUUCGAGAUCAGUUCCACUAUUGGGAUAAGUGGAGGUCUGUCUCUCAAUGGUGUCUGUGACUGCGCAGGAGUGGAUUUUGCAAGCUGCAAUGGGCGCUGUGGGUCCUCGUCCAAAAAUUUCCCUUGUAACUGCAAUGCUACGUGUAGCAGUAAUGGCAACUGUUGCACUGACUACAAGGCGUACUGCAAGCCGUAGAUCUCUGGACCUGAAUGUCGACUCUGAAGACUAAAAAAACAAUAUUUACUACAUUAAAAAACACUGCAGAAUACACUGGUAGUUUAUUAAUUCUCCAGGAUAAAUUAAACAAUUUUUACAUGACCCAUCAAAGGAUCUUUAGUUAAAACUAGCAAUAAUGUUUGCCUUUUCUUUCUUUUUUUUUUAUCCAACCCGAUGAGUAAUAAUUAUCUUUAUUUAAUGAAUGGAAUUGAUUAUCUUCAGCACAUCAGCAUUAUUUUAAAGCAAAAUUGAGUUUUGGGAGCAGGUAGGGAAAAUGUUACGGUGUAAAGAAAUUUAUACAUGUCCACCAUAUUUACCCUUUGACAGUGCAAGCAGCUAGUGGGUAAAGGGUUUGCGAUAUUAAAAAUGAUGAUUUCAAAUAGAUUUAAUAUAUCAUGUUUACAUGAUAAUCAUAUAAAUACAACUUAUAGUUUUAUGUUUUAAUUAUUGUGGUAUAAGGAUUAUGGAGAACCCUUUCCCCCUCAGAGUGAGUUGUAGCAGAUUUUUACAAUGUAGUAGCUUCCAUUAGAAUUGGCUACUAUUUACCGACAAAUCAAGUUCAGCUGCAUUGUGUAAAUUAGGCUGAGAUGAACUUCCAGGCUGAUAGUUUCCAAUUGUUUUGCAUCAGAGCAUCGGAUGUGUAUUUCCAUAAUUCAAUUCUGGAUUUUAGUCGUCGGCUGCAUUCCAAAAGGGUGAAAUCCAGAAUAUUUUCAAGGUAAUUAGGAGUAAGCUUUGCAAAAUCCAGGUGUUAGGAACGCUGGUAUUUCAGAUACCCGUUCGUUUUCGGUUCCUCCUGAACUGCUAAAGGCUGAGUGAUUAUAGCUCGCAGUUCGGGUGUUGAUGCAAACAUUCUCCAGAAGAAACUGCAGUAUCCAAGUAAAUCCCCCAAGCAAUCAGAUGUAUACCCAAACAUUAGCUUAGACUAGAUGAAGGGUACAACAGAAUCACACAGGCCAGCUGGCCAGUUUAUAUUCAAGUCCCCAUGCAAGGGGUUUACCUUGACAUAUUUUAGGGGCAUUCCCCGCUGGACCUGAGAGGGGACUAUGGCAAAGAACACACUGUAAUUACAUUGGCUCUCAGGACAUUCCCACACAAAACAGGAUAAUCCCUCCCCUGUGCCUGUGAGAUAAUUGAGUCAGGAACUGUACUAAACUCAAUUAUGUCCAGGCACAGAAAACAUACAUUUUAACAACACCCCAAAAGUGCCCCAAAACACAUCAAAACCCCACAAAAGUCUUAUCCCCUGAUCGCCCCAAUCUGGGGGACCAACAUAUCCAAAAAUCACACAGGUCAGUUUCGGUGUUCGCCAUUUCCAUGGAAGUCAUAAUUUGACCGACCGCACACAAGACUCCUGCCCAAAACAGUUCCAGAGAAUCAGGGUUUGCGGUCAGUCUAGUUUGGUAGUUUAAAAACCGAACAAACUACUGAACAUAGUCAAUAGUCUUACCCUGGAGCUCGUUCCCCUUAUCCAGAUGAACAAUUCCACCAAACAGUGCCCUUCUAAGUUGUGUAUAACCGAACGCAGGCGAUGAUGGAAGUCCAGUUGCCUGCGUUCAUGUGAACAAGAUUGCCGCCACCUCGUGGUCGUUCAUGCGAACAGCGGCCACCCAGACAAACAAUUAGAACACUGCGGUUAGAAUUGUUACCAAGUGUUAAUAGGGUUUAACAAGCUCCCGGGUGGUCUCUGGU